UAACAACCACGGAGGCUUGAAUCAGGAUAAGUCCUCUCUCAACACCAGCAUCGUGAUAGAGGUCACCGACACUCAGCCUUCCAUGGAGCUGACCUCCAUUACGGGUAAUAGUAAAGACGUGGAGGCCUCAAAGACAGAAAAAGAAGAGGAAACCCCAGAUGCACCAAAAGCCCCUCCUCCUGUCAGCAUGUUCAUCUUCAAACCCAACAACCUGGUCCGCAGGGCCUGCCACUAUAUUGUCAAUCUUCGUUAUUUCGAGAUGUCAAUCCUUCUUGUGAUCGCCGCCAGCAGUAUCGCCUUGGCUGCUGAAGACCCUGUCAACACUAAUUCAGACAGGAACAAAGUGCUGCGCUAUUUUGAUUAUGUAUUCACUGGUGUCUUCACAUUUGAAAUGAUAAUCAAGAUGAUUGAGCAGGGAUUGAUCUUACAUGAUGGCUCCUAUUUCCGUGACCUGUGGAACAUUCUGGACUUCAUAGUUGUGGUGGGAGCUCUGGUGGCCUUUGCUCUCACGAAUGUGAUGGGGAGUAACACUGGAAGAGACAUUAAAACCAUCAAAUCACUGCGUGUUCUCAGAGUAUUGAGGCCACUUAAGACUAUUAAAAGACUUCCCAAACUCAAGGCCGUGUUUGACUGUGUGGUCACAUCGCUAAAAAAUGUCUUCAACAUCCUCAUCGUCUACAAGCUCUUUAUGUUCAUAUUUGCAGUCAUUGCAGUGCAGCUUUUCAAAGGGAAAUUUUACUACUGUACCGACAGUUCCAAGGACACAGAAGACGAGUGCAAGGGUUACUACAUUGACUAUGACAAAGACAAGAAAAAGGAGAAACGAGAGUGGAAGAGACGUGAUUUUCAUUAUGAUAACAUCAUCUGGGCUCUGUUGACUCUCUUCACUGUAUCCACUGGGGAAGGGUGGCCGCAAGUUUUGCAGCACUCUGUGGAUGUGACCGAGGAGGACCGGGGUCCCAGUCAGGGAAACAGAAUGGAGAUGUCCAUCUUUUACAUCAUUUAUUUUGUGGUGUUUCCCUUCUUCUUCGUCAACAUAUUUGUGGCCCUCAUCAUCAUCACCUUCCAAGAGCAGGGUGACAAAAUGAUGGAGGAGUGCAGUCUGGAGAAAAACGAGAGGGCUUGUAUCGACUUUGCCAUCAGUGCCAAACCUUUGACUCGCUACAUGCCCCAGAACAGACAGACCUUACAGUUCCGGCUGUGGCACUUUGUGGUGUCUCCUGUAUUUGAAUACACCAUACUGACGAUGAUCGCCCUUAACACCAUCGUUCUCAUGAUGAAGCAUCAUGACCCUAUUGACGGCUAUGACAAUGUACUAAAAUACCUCAACACUGUUUUCACUGUUAUUUUCACUGUGGAAUGUGUUCUCAAGAUCCUGGCAUUUGGUAUUAUGAAUUAUUUCAGAGACACAUGGAAUAUAUUUGACUUCAUCACAGUUCUAGGAAGCAUCACUGAAAUUGUGGUUGACAAAGUCCACACAGCAAAAAGUUUUAAUAUGGGCUUCCUGAAGUUAUUCCGGGCAGCUCGGCUGAUUAAACUUCUGCGUCAGGGCUACACCAUCCGUAUUCUGCUUUGGACUUUUGUCCAGUCUUUCAAGGCUCUACCAUAUGUCUGUCUGCUAAUCGCCAUGCUGUUUUUCAUCUAUGCCAUCAUUGGCAUGCAGGUAUUCGGCAACAUCAAGCUAAAUCCAAAAAGCCAUAUCAACGAACACAAUAACUUUAAGACAUUUUUUGGUGCACUCAUGCUGUUGUUUAGGAGUGCAACAGGUGAGUCAUGGCAGGAAAUCAUGUUAUCGUGUUUAGGAGAGAAGGAAUGUGAAAAAGAUGAGUCUCUCAACAACUCAACAACAAAUGAGAAAAAAGAUUGUGGUACCGAGUUUGCAUACUUCUACUUUGUCUCCUUCAUCUUCUUCAGUUCUUUUCUGAUGCUAAAUCUGUUUGUGGCCGUGAUUAUGGAUAAUUUUGAGUACCUGACACGUGACUCGUCCAUUCUGGGUCCUCACCACUUGGAUGAGUUUGUACGGAUCUGGGGAGAGUAUGACCGUGCAGCAUGUGGAAAACUACACUAUAAGGAGAUGUACAAAGUAGUACGCACAAUAUCACCUCCACUGGGCUUUGGAAAGAAUUGUCCCUACAGGGUGGCAUGCAAGCGGUUGGUUCUGAUGAACAUGCCAGUGGAUGAAGACAUGUCCGUCCACUUCACCUCCACUCUUAUGGCCCUGAUACGCACCGCGCUGGACAUUAAAAUCGCUCGAGGGGGUGAGGACAGGGGUCAGAUGGACAUAGAAUUGCAGAAGGAAAUCAGUGUCAUCUGGCCACACCUCUCCCAGAAAUCUCUUGAUCUGCUUGUACCCAUCCACAAAGCCAGUGACAUGACCAUUGGGAAGAUUUAUGCAGCCAUGAUGAUCAUGGACUACUACAAGCAGAACAAAGCUAAGAAGCUCCGGCAACAGCUUGAGGAACAGAAACAUGCACCGAUGUUCCAACGCAUGGAUGCAUCUUCACUGCCACAGGACAUUCUCUGCAGUGCCAAAGCUCUGCCAUUCCUGUCCCACAGUGCAGGAUCUGCCCUGAGUAGAGGUGGGUUUGUGGCACUGAGUCCCAUCUCCCCUCAAGAUCUCUUCAUGCAGCCCUUGGCCCAAGACAGCAUGGAAGAGAGGGAUGAAUACCAACACCAGUAUCACCUUCAGAGUAUGGUGCCCGAGCACAAAGAAUUUAGCAGUCCGCUGUGCCCCACUAGCAUGCAGGUCGAUCCUCUGCAAGUGCCAGGGAGAGGCGUCUCUAUCCGAGCCUCUUCCAUGCCUCGCCUGGCGAUAGAGCCACAGGUAUCUUCAGAGAGCAAACUGAUGAAGCGCUCGUUCUCCACGAUCGGUGAUCAGUGUGUGAAUGGUGACUGGCAGGAAGAGUUCUCGCUGGAGAGGGUGAGCCCAGACAGACUGGAAAGACCCAGGCAAAGAAGCUUCAGAGCUGUCAGGUCAAGCCUGCGGGAGCCAGUGGACAAAGAGAGAGGACGGUCUAAAGAGCGAAGACACCUGCUGUCUCCAGAUGUGUCUCGCUGCAACUCAGAGGAAAGGAGUCAGUCCCAGGAGAGACGCCACUCUCGAUCGCCCAGUGAGGGCAGGAAGCACACGACCCUCAGACAGGGAAAUAGUUCAGGCAGCCCAGUUCCUUCCACUUCUGAUUCAGGGACGCCACGAGGGCGCCGUCAACUCCCACAGACACCUUCUCGGCCUCGGCCCCACAUCUCCUACUCUCCAUUAGUGUGCCGUGCUCAACCCACACAAGGGGAGGUUCGGGCACGGGCCCAGUCCGCAGAGGAAGGGGAGGAACCAACCGGGACGAGGCCAGGCACCGCCAUGGCCCACUCCACCCCUCACCGCUACAUCUCGGAGCCAUACCUGCCACUGCAGGAGGACGUUAAUAGUCCGAACUCAAGUGGUGUAAAGGAGACUCUCACUUUUGAGGCUGCCAUGGCAACCAGCCUGGGACGCUCCAACACCAUCAGCUCCGCUCCACAACUGCGUCACACCUGGCAGGUGCCUAACGGACAUUUCCGUAAACGACUAGCACAAGCCACGUCGGGGACGUCAGGCUGCGAGCUUCUCAGUGACACUGAUGAGGAUGACCGGUGUUAGAUUGACGUUCGGAUUGAUGCCUCUGAACUUUGUGCCUGGAUCUAAGGAAAAAAUAUGCCUGUAUGUGUUUAUUUGUGUGUCUGUGAAUGUAGAGUCUAAUCAGAGAUGUGUAAUCAUCUCAGAAGAACCAUACUAAAGAACUGAUUGUGGUGAAAGGACAGCAGCAAACAUGUUGAAAUGAUCAACAGUCCAAGCAUGAACACACUGAGGUUGAAGAUCGGGUUUGUGCCCUUACACUUUCUCUGAACCCGCACAUGGAUGAAGCGCUGGCUAAUGCAGAUGCAUCCAAAAGCAUCAUCAGGAUUUGGGUCUUGCCUGAACGCACUCAGGUUUCCAAACCUGCCUCCACAUAUUGAGAUGUCCCAUCAGCAGAAAAUCUGUAUACUGCUAAUAAGGACAGUGUGUUCAGACACAGCAUUUACAUGGACCUUUCCUGGCAUGGUAUACAGCAGUGUACAUGUGGAUGCCACUUGUUUAUGAUUUUCAGAGGCUGAUGGGCAGAUGACAGAUGCGUAACGGGGGCUUUGACAUCCUGAUUGUUCUGCUACCUGUGUCGGAGGUUUAUUUAGGAGGUACGCACAAGCAUACACUCCAAUACUCACACUCAGAAUGCAGGCAGUGAUGUUCAGUCGGUCUAUGACGAGAGGUAAAUACCCCUUUAACUACAUAUCGUAAUAAUGACUGACAUUCCGUGAAGGUAACAGGAAUGUGAAGGGCCUGAUAAAUAGUGUAUGACGUUAAUGCAAGUGGAUCCAGGUGACGUCCUGGCCUUUAACAGUGGAGUCUAUAUGGAGGACUCAUGUAUCGUAUGUAAAUAUUAUAAAUCCAGGCAGUAUAUGUACUGAGAAGUUUCCAAGCCAUGUUUUCUGUAAAGAAUAUAAAUACAAAUGACCAAUCCCUGUCCUUACUAUUUGUAAUGCAAUCCAUUUGAAAUGGUUCACAUACACCGUGUUAUGUUUGAUUAGACUUAUCUCAUUCUUUUCUAGCUGAUUAUUCUUGACCCUUAAGAAAAUUUCUAAAGUUUCUCUUGGGGUGAAUCUCACAAAGACUGUCAGGGUCAUUAUUUCACCACAAAGCCAAAAGGAAAAAUAAACUAUUAUAUUUUGCGAAAAGAAAAUGAAGAAUCCAAUAUGCAAGCAACCAUUAUGAAUUUUUGCAUUGCUACAUAGAAUUUUUUACUUGUGUAGUAAAUACAAUACAAAAGUACAAUGGGUUGCGAACAUUAUAUCAAAAUGCAAAAAAAAAAAGGAUAUUUACUGUAGUUGUGAAGUAUGAAUACAGGAGAGUCUUAUGAGAAUCUUGUGAUAAUAAAAAAUUCUGGAUGCAUUGCAAUCAUGAGAAUUUGGGGGAAAUAAUGUCCUUAAAAUAAUGUCACAAUGCAAAUAAUCUUAAUGGUACACAAAUAGGGAUCCUUGCUUCCUAUGCAAAUUAUAAUUUCAAAGCAACAACAACAAAAAGGGUAAGAUAUGACCUGUACAUGUUUAACUGUGAUUCACCCCUCUAGCUCUAUUAAAAUAAUGGGAAAGCAAUUACAGUGAGUGUUUGUUGCCUUCGGGUUCAUUUGUAAUGUUUAUUGUGAAUUUCCGUUUAUAGUUCGGCAUAGAAACUGAAUGAGUCUUGUAGUUUAAAUUGAUGAGAAGCAUCACCUCCUUCUUACGUGCUAGGCCUAGCAGAAAAGCUGCUCUUGCGAAUGCAUUUGCAAAAUUCAAAAUGUACGUUUAGCCUGAAUAUGGUGAGCUGGGACUGAAAAGUAGCUGUAGGAAAUGGGCGUAAGGUGUAAUAUUAGCCUUUUGAGUAUUGUAGCAGAAGUAUGGAACCAGUGUUAUUGGUCACCCAACAUGCCUCCUCAGACUGGUCUCCUCUCUCGAUUCCACAUAAAUGAUACAAAGAAACAAACAAAACAAAGAUAAUUACAUGGCAUUUUUGAAUUAAUAAAGAUCUUUGGUUAGUUUCUGUAUAUUCCAGCAUCUUAUUAUAAGCAUUUUAAAAUCAGUUGCCCCUCAAGAGAAUUUCUGUAUCAUGUGUUGUGUUGUAAUUUGUUUUCUUGACAUGUUCCUAAAUGUGAAUAGAGAGUAUUUGGUACUUGUUCUUCAUGGCCUGCUGGGGGUCGCUGCCUUGUGAAUUAUAUUAAAUAAAAAUAGA